AUGCAGUUCCUAAACUUGUUCUUCGUGACCGAAGGAGGUGGGUGGUCGCAAUGGCAGGCAGAGGAGGAAGAGGGACCACUUCCUUCGCCGAAGCCAAGGGAAGUGCGGCCAAAGAGCCGCCCAGUGGCGGACGAGGUGCUGCCUGGCCUUUUCAUCAGUGGGCACCACUUUGCCAGCAGCUUGCCGCUGCUCAGGCAGCUGCAGAUCACUCACAUUGUGAAUGUGACUACAGCAGCAAAUGUCUUUGAAGGCAGCUUUGUUUACCACAAGAUCCCAAUCGAGGAUGACCGCUCUGAAGACUUGCUGGCAGUUCUGGAGCCGGCCUUGCUUUUCAUGCACCGCGCACUCAGCAAUGACGCGCGAGUGCUGGUCCAUUGCCGUGAGGGGGCGUCGAGGUCAGUGUCAAUCGUCGCAGCAUACACGAUGAGGUUCGAGCAUCUCCCCUUGGGCCGCGCCCUGGAUGUGAUGCAAACGCGGCGAGCGAGUGCCGUGUGUCGGCCGAACGCCUCUUUCCUGCGCCAGCUGCAGAGCUUCGAAGCCGCCGAGAGACAACCCGCAACCGCGGGGACCGGUCUG